AUGAAUUCGUUGAAUGAAAAUCAAUAUGAACUUUCUGCAAUAGAUACCAAUGGCGAGACAUCUGAAUCCGAUGAUAAUAGUAUUCAAUCACCGAAUUUGAUUGGCCUCCAAUUUGGAUCCAUUAUAGCAUUGAAAAAGAUUCGUUAUGUUCUUUUAAUAUCCGUGACUCUCUGCUUAAUUAUAUUGACUAUCGUUAUAUUUGUUACACUAACUCAUAGACAAGGAAAUUUGGUAACGACAGUGACACUUACGACAUCUGACACAACGAGUCAGACAACAAACACAUCGUCAAUGUUAAUAACAUCAGUAUCAACGACAGUCAUCACAGCGUUCAUGCCAAUGCUUAAUAUAUCUGUCGAUGCUCAAUGGGAACAGAAUGGAAUUACAAUAAUUGAAGGCCGUCAGAAAGAUAAUGCGACUUACCGGGUUUAUCAGCCUCGCGGUCUCUUUAUUGAUGAUGAUCAAAAUAUUCUCAUUGCUGACCAUCGAAAUCAUCGAAUUGACGAGUGGAAGCAAGGCGAUAAGGAAGUAGUAGUAUUAUUUGGUGGUGGGAAAGGAACAAAACUAGGUCAACUGCACCAUCCAGUUGAUGUGCUAAUUGACAGAGCAUUGAAUACUCUCAUUAUUUGUGAUCAAUCGAACCGCAGAGUUCUUCGCUGGUUUAGGCGUAGUCCAAAUAAGACUGCAGAAAUUCUUAUCAAUAACAUUCGUUGCGCAGGAUUGGCCAUCGAUCACCAAAGAUAUCUCUAUAUUUCUGAUAAUGAGCACCAUCAGGUGAAACGAUACGAUACCGAUGGAAGAAACCAAACUGUUGUGGCUGGAACUGGCCGUCAAGGUAAUGCGUCGGAUGAGCUGAAUAGUCCAGCAUAUAUUUUUGUGGAUCGGCAACAAAAUGUUUUCGUUUCGGAUACUGAGAAUAAUCGGGUGAUCCAAUGGAAUAAAGGUGCAAGUGUAGGGAAAAUAGUUGCAGGAAAUGGCAUAGUAGGAAGAAUACUAAAAAAACUGCAACAACCGGCUGGAAUAUUCGUUGACUCGUCAAAUACCGUAUAUGUGGCAGAUUGUAGAAAUAAUCGCGUGAUGCGUUGGCCUCAGGGUGCAACUACGGGGUCUGUUGUGGUAGGAAACAACGGCCAAGGAUCGGGUUCAAAUCAACUGAAUUGUCCUAAAGGUUUGGUUUUUGACAGAACUGGAAAUCUUUAUGUUGCUGAUUCUCGCAAUAAUCGUAUACAAAAAUAUUUGUUUAAAUAA